UGGGUCAGUCAAGUGCCAGGCGCUCCCUCCCGCCAAUUGCUGUUUCUCAGAACAACCUCCAGCCGCCAUUAUCAUAAAUUACACCCACACCAGCCAGGUUCGCAGCUUAGUUCGUUCAUCUCAUCUCAGCAGUCUAGUCUAGCAUGUAGGUACGCCGAAGCGCCCGUAGGCUAGGUCUCGAAGCAACGGGUAACCAGGUCCUCUUGGGACCUGCAAGUUUUCCGAACCAGCCAGGGGUCGCCGUAAAAAAUCGGGUUUUUUUCCGAAGGGUAUUUAGAAUCAGCCAGAAAGCAUGGAGGAGAUGGUAAUGGAUGGGUACCUCUACAGGUUCGGCAGCUUCAGGUCCGGCGAAGGCACUUACUGCCAGCUGACCUUCUGCGUGUUACGAGGGAGGUACUUCGCCCAGUUUCGCAAUAAGGAAGACGAGAUACCUCUGCGGGAGGGCUUGCUUGAUGGCACUGCUCGAGUGGAGGAUACGGGCAGAAAGGUUGUCAACGGUCAGGUGCUGUACACCAUGCGCCUGUACGGCAUGCCUGGGGCGCACAAUGCUACUGACGAGGACGACCUUAGCGAGGACGAAGACGAGGACACUGAAAGCGCAGCAGAAGCCGGCACUAGCAGCGGUUACCUGGCCAGCACAACGGGAAGCUUACUUGGUAGCGGAGGGUCAACUGGUGGAGGCUUAUUUGGUAGAGGGGCCUUGACUGGCGGAGGGGGGAGCGGAUGGAGCAGUGCGGACGGCGGUGGAGGGGGAGGGGGAGGCGGGGGAACAGGCGGGAAAGGGGGGAUUUUUUUCAGGAUGGAGUCGAGCUUAUGGUCAGGAUGGUGGCCGGAGCAGUGGCUGGACAGGCAGCCACAGAAGCUGCUCACUGUGAGACCUGCUGGGGGCUCCACUCGCAACAGACGACAAGUUUCUUUGGGAACGCCCAGUGCUGAGGACGCUGCUGCAUGGAUUGAGGCUCUCACCAAAGCACUCACUCUGCCAAUUCUCCCUCUACUUACAACGCCGGUCGAUGCCCCAUCACAUCCGUUACAACCGUCACAGCCAGCGCAGCCAGCACACCCGCUACAGCCAGCACAGCCUAGACAGCCGAGGCAGCAGGCUUUAUCCACGCGCAACUCGCGAGAUUUCAGCCCGAUACCAUCGCCGCCACAGCAUACGUCUGCUGUCUCUCUCGCAACUGGCCUCUUCGGCUCUGUGGUUUCAGUCCCAGCCAACUCUCUUGCUGCCCCAGCCAACCCUUUCGCUGUGCCAACCGAUUCUCCUGCUUCCCCUGCCUUCUCUGCUGCUUCUCUCCUUGACGCUGCUCCUUCACCUUCUGCUCUGGUCAAUCUGAUGCUCCCUUCUGCUGUCGCUGCUGCUGCUAUGGAUCCAGCUCCCACUGCUGCUGCAGCUGCCUCUGAUCCCGCUGCUGCCGGUGUUGCCAUGGCCAGUCUAUUGCACCCAGCUGCUGCCACUGCUGCUAUGGAUCCGGCAGCCGCUGCUGCUGCAGCUGCUGCUGACCCUGCUGCUGCUGCUUCUGCCAUGGCCAAUCUAAUGCUUCCAGGUGCUGCUGCUAUGGGCCCAGCUGCUGCUGCUGCUGCCACUGCUGCUAUGGAUCCGGUUGCUGCUGCUGCUGCGGCUGCUUCCGAUCCUGCUGCUGCUGCUUCUGACAUGGCCAAUCUUAUGCUCCCUGCUGCGGCUGCUAUGAAUCCUGCUGCUGCUCUGAUGCUCCCCAUGGCGUCUGCUGCAGCGGCUGCUGCUGGCCCCGCCACUGCAGCUGCUACAGCUAGCAUGAGAAGAUCCUUCUCCCCCUCGCUGUCUCCCUCCCUGCCUCCAAUCGCGCCACAAGUCAAGCGUGUAGCACAGGUGACACAACCAGUUCUGCCGGUUACUUCUGCUGCUGCUGCUGCGGCUGUGGGGGCAGCUAAUGCCAUUGCUGAUGCUGACAGUGGUGCCGGCAGUGGCGACAGCAGCAGCGGCAUGGUGACCCCACUCACUGGCACCUCUCCCGCUCUGUCCUUCCACCCCACGCCCUCCCUCUCGCCCGCACUCCUCCCCACCCUCGCUCCCCUGGGCUCAUCAUCAUCUGCUCCCAGGGGCCCAGGCGUGGGCCCUUCAGGGGGAACAGGGGGAACAGGGGGGGCAGGGGGGGCAGGGGGGGCAGGGGGAGCAGGGGCGGCAGGGGCAGGGGGGGUGGGGACUGGGGGAACAGGGGCGGGAGUGGGGGCAGGGGCAGGGGUAGCAGCAGUGGCGUCGUCUCUUGACAGAACUGGCCCUCGUCAGCCGUCCCCCCAGCAGCCCACCUCGUCCUCGCAUGCUCCCCCUGUUGCUGCCGCCGCCGGCCCCUCCUCUGCUGUUGCAUUGUCUCCCUCCAAGUGGCGCCUGGACCGCUGCCAGAACGGGCUCCGAUUCUUUGAAGAGGCCAGCAUGACGCCGAUUCUCCACCGCCUGUACAAGCUGCCAGUGAUGAAAGCGGUGGGGGUGGUGAAGGCAGCACCGGACCAGAUAUUCGACCUGGUCAUGAGCUUUGGGGACGAGCGCGCAGAGUGGGACGCCAUGUUUGCAGAGGCACGAGUGGUGGAAGCUAUUGACGGGCACACAGACGUGGUCCACAUGUGCUUGAAACGAACGUCACUGUGGACGAGGUCGCGGGACCUUUGUCUGCUGCGCUACUGGAAGAGAGAAGAGAAUGGAACCUACCUGGUGUUCUUCAAGUCUGUCAGCCAUCCCAAGUGCCAUCGCCCAUGGGGUCGCGUGCGCGCUUUGAUUUACAGUGGCGGCUACAUCAUAUCGCCUCUGCAGCAUAGUGACGGCCCCCUUUCACCCGCCUGCAUCUGUGGCGCCCCGCCUCCUCCGCGCAAGCCUCGCUCCCAGGUGGAGCACGUGCUGGAGAUGGACGUGUCAGGGUGGUCCUCAUGGGUUGGCAUCGGCCUUUCGUCCCAUCCCGUGUUCCUGCGCGACUCCCUUCUGCUCAGUGUAGCUGGUUUGCGAGAGUACUUCGCCUGUAGGGGUGGCGCACCCCUGGCCUACUACUCCCUCGGCAUCCAGCGCCAUCUCAUCUUCCCCACCACAUCCACCAUCGGUACCGGCGCUGCCAGUGGGUUUGUCUUCCAGGGCCUAGCCUCGGGCUCAGCCACGGGGUCAGGCUCGGGAGCUGGCUCUGGUUCGGGGACGUGGGGUCUGGCGUCUCUUGUUAGCCUUGGGACGGAAGAUGGGAAGAGCCAGGAGGAGUCUGCAGGAGAGAAGGGAGGAGGAGUAGGAGGAAGAGCAGGAGGGGGGGUGAUUGUGAGUUCGGAUAGGGGGUCUGCAGGGCUUGGAGGGGCAGUGGCAGCAGCUGUGGCAGCGGCGGCAGCAGCGGCAGUGGCAGCAGGAGGGAAGGGGGAGGUGGGGGGGGAUGGCAGGAGAACCCCUAGGCUGGAUCGGGCGAUGUCGAACUUUUUGGAUAUGGAGGACCCAGACGAGUUCUACGAGUGCCCCACCAACGCUCCUUCUGAGACGUCCAGUGAUGGCGUGCUGCAGAGGGAUCUAUCAGGAGUCAUGGUGGACGGUGUUGAUGCUUCCAAGCUCCCUGAUGACUGGUCCGCUCUCUCGUCAGUGCCUCGGGAACUCGCACCAGACUCCCUCUCGCUGCCGCUCUUCAUCGACUGGAGCAAGCUGAGCGGAUCCGUGCACCCGAAUCAUUCCGGCAAGGGCAAAAACUGCUGGAGCCGGCCCGACUGCAAUGUAUACAAGCUGAGGAGCAGAAGUUACCUCACGGAUGGGAGCAUGGCGCCAGCUGGCGAGCCACUGUGCCAGCUGGUGGCGGUGGAUUGGCUGCGGCCAGACAAGCACCCAGCUGCACACGUGGCAGCUCAGAAGAAGUGCCUCGUGCAGAGAGUGAGGGCGUGCUAUGGCGAUCAAGCGCCAUACUUCAUCCUCAUCAAUCUCCAGGUCCCAGCAGGCAACGCCGUCUACUCCAUGGUCUUCUAUUUCACAGCUGAGCGCCAUGUGCUGGAUCUACCCUCCAUGCGCCGAUUCUUGGGAUCAGAUGACUCGUACCGCAACAACCGGUUGUCUUUGCUGCCCUCCGUCCCCGAGGGCUCGUGGCUAGUGAAGCAGGCGGUGGGGUCGCACAACGUGCUCAUGGGGCAGGUCAUGGAGACGGCCUAUCAUUCCACCGAGGAGUACUUUGAGGUUGAUGUGAACAUGGCAUCGUCAUCGGUCGUGCGGGGCAUCAUGGGCAUGGUCUUUGGCUACAUCACAAACCUUGUCGUCGACAUGGCGUUCUACCUCAAGGGAGAAACGGAGGAUGAAUUGCCAGAGCGGAUUCUUGGAGCAGUGAGAUGCUCAUAUCUAGAACUCAACUCGGCCAUUCCAUUCCCUUUUAGAUAACCAUAGCUGCUGCAAUGCUGCCAUUAGCUGGCCUAGCUUCCUAUGCCAUCUGCGGCCUCACCAUGUUGUCGACAAUUCUGUCUAAGGAUGUCAGGUGCUAGGAGAUUUUAUGCAAUGAAUAAGGAAGCAUUUGCUCAAAUGAGCAUUUUGAGGUAUUU